AUGGCAGGUCGAACACAUCUUCAGCACGCCCUCCCCUGCACCUUUGGCUAUAAAUGCGCAGUGUACUUGUCGGGUGUUUUGCGCCACCUGGAACAAAUCAAAGAGAUUAAAAAGAGAUGCCUACUGGUGCAAUUUGGAGGAGCAGCCGGUACCAUUGCCUCCUUGGGCGUAGACGACACCGGUCUCCGGGUGCGCGAGCAGCUCGCGGUGGAGCUGGGCCUGCAGAACCCAGACAUCACAUGGCAUGUGGCACGAGACAAUGUGGCAGAGAUCAUCAACUUCUUGGCAUUGGUCGGUGGUACCUUGGGAAAGAUCGCACUGGAUCUUAUGAUCAUGUCUUCCAACGAAUUUGACGAAGUGUCGGAGCCCUUUGUCCCCCAUCGCGGCGCUUCGUCAACUAUGCCGCAAAAGCGUAAUCCGAUCUCGAGCGAGGUCAUUCUCGCUGCAUCCAAGAUGCUCCGGUCCAGUGCAUCGCUCGGACUGGAUGUGAUGAUCACGGACUUUGAGCGUGCUUCUGGGCCCUGGCAUCUGGAGUGGGUGGCCGUUCCCGAUGCGUUUGUGGCGGUAGUUGGGGCGCUUCACCAAACCAACUUCGCCCUCGGCGGACUGGUAGUCAAGGUGGACUCAAUGGAGCGUAACCUGCGUUCCACCAAGGGCCUUAUUGUAGGAGAAGCGGUGAUGAUGGCUCUCGCGCCUCACAUUGGGCGACAGAAGGCGCAUGACGAGGUGCAUGGAGACUGCAAAUCGGCCAUCGAGCAGAAUCGAUCGCUCUUGCAGGUCCUAGAGGAGUCCCCUGUUCUAACAGGCGUUUUCAACAAGGAGCAGCUAACCAGUCUCUGUGACCCAUCGCAAUAUAUGGGGCGAGCCAGCUGA